AUGAUUGUUGUUGUUGUUGUUACAAGAUGCUAUAUGCAAUAUGAUAGUGGCUUUGACUAUUACACAAUAGAAUCUUGCAAUGUCGAAGAUGCAGAUGUGCAUAGCAUGGUAAGGGAUAUGAAUGAAGAGCAUGGGUGUAAUGAGGAUUUUGACGAUGCAUGUGAUGUCGGGGCCACAGACAUUGUAUCUGAUGAGGAUACAUCAGACUACGGUAACGUUAUCGGAUUGAGUGACCAGCAAAUAAUGAGAAAGGUGUUUCAGAGUAAGGAAUUUGCUUAUGAAUUUUAUUGUAAAUUUGGGAGAUGCCAAGGAUUCGGUGUGCGCAAGGGAGAUUAUGGCAAGGAUGAUGAUGGAAAUUUGAUACGAAGAAGGUUCUUUUGCAAUAGGGCAGGAUUGAGGGAUGAAAAAUACCUUCAUAGAUUGGAUAGACAAAGGGGUCACCGACCUGAAACACGGACUAAUUGUAUGGCGAAGUUGUCGAUUUACCUAGAUAGGGAAAACUCAGUAUGGAAGGUUCGGAAAGUUAUCUUGGAUCAUCAUCAUAAGUUGACACCGCAAGUAAUGGUGCACAUGAUUCCAAAAUUUCGUCAGAUGUCAGAUGUUGCAAAGGCAUACAUAGACGGCAUGCAUGGGUAUGGGGUACCUACGUCUAAGAUUCUCAACUACAUGGCUGGAAUUGUCAGAGGGUAUUCUUUGUUGGGCUUUACGAAAAAAGAUGCAUAUAACUACAUCGACAAGAUACGUCGUUCAAAGAUUGCUGAUGGUGACUCAAAUGCUGCCAUUGUAUACCUAGAGAGAAAGGCGGCAGCCGAUCCAAUGGCGAUGGCUAGGUAUAACUUAACAGAGGAUAGUAUGUUAGCGAAUAUGUUCUGGGUGGAUGGAAUUAGUAGAGUCGAAUACCAGUACUUCAGAGACAUUGUUGCUUUCGACUCGAUAUACAAAAAGAAUAAAUACAAUAGACCUUUGGUGAUAUUCUCCGGCUCAAACUACAAGCAAACUACGAUAUUUGGUUUUGGAUUGGUUCUAAAUGAAACUAUUACAUCAUACACAUAG